UGGAUGGUGAUGUUUGGGAAUUGAAAGAAUCAUCUGUUCGAUUUUGCUUGGAAUCGUGUUGAGUUUUUUUUUUUGUUUAAGGUUUUUCGUUCCUUGUAUGGCAUUUAAUCGAAUACUUGGUAUACUAAUUACUAUGGAGGCCCAGAAAAAUGAAAGCGAAAUCCCUGCAAAACCGGCCAUGACUUCAUGUAGGAAGAAGGUGAAGGAUGAUGCCACUUUCUUUGAGGACGUGAAAGAUCACAUUGAUGAGUUCAUACAUGCAUCAGUGGAUGAACACAAGUCCUGUUUCCAAAAGACCAUCAGCAAGAUGUUUGGAUUAUCAAAGGCUGUCGCAGAGAAGCAAGCUGAGGAUGCAAAGGGAGUGGAGAGUCAAUUGCCUCUUCAGACGACAGUGUCGGAGUAAAGAGUAUGUUCUAUCCAGCUAAGUUGUCUGAAGAUACCAUGUCGUUUUUCUUGUUUAAAAUCACAUCAGUGUUUCCAAUAUAUGAUAAUCUACAGUAGGAAUAGUACUUGGGUGAGUAGUAGAACAAUGAAAGCACCAAACUUAGGGGAGAAUCUUCCUCUUUAAAGCUUUACCUUUACACAUCGAGAAGUUGAUACAAUCUAAAAGAUCGCCUAAGAAAUUUGCAGAUGAUGUUUCAAUAA